UGCGCCACGUGACUCCGCAGUCCUUGCUGUCCCUCGCGGAAGCUCCGCAUUGUACUCGGAAAGUCCGUCAUGUGCGCCGCUCCGCUCGCCGCCGCCGCCGCCGCCGCUCUGGCGGCGGCCCCGCGCUCGGUGUAUGCCUUCUCUGCGCGCCCGCUGACCGGCGGGGAGCCCCUGAGCCUGGGUUCCCUGCGGGGCAAGGUGCUGCUCAUAGAGAAUGUGGCGUCGCUCUGAGGCACAACGGUCCGGGACUACACCCAGAUGAACGAGCUGCAGCGGCGCCUCGGGCCCCGGGGCCUGGUUGUGCUCGGUUUCCCGUGCAACCAGUUUGGGCAUCAGGAGAACGCUAAGAACGAAGAGAUCCUGAAUUCCCUCAAGUACGUCCGACCCGGCGGCGGGUUCGAGCCCAACUUCACGCUUUUUGAGAAGUGCGAGGUGAACGGCGCGCAGGCGCACCCUCUCUUCGCUUUCCUGCGGGAGGCUCUGCCUGUCCCCAGUGACGACGCCACUGCGCUCAUGACCGACCCAAAGUUCAUCAUCUGGUCUCCCGUGUGCCGCAACGACGUCGCCUGGAACUUUGAGAAGUUCCUGGUGGGUCCGGAUGGUGUGCCUGUGCGCAGGUACAGCCGCCGCUUUCCAACCAUCGAUAUCGAGCCUGACAUCGAAGCCCUGCUGUCCCAGGCGCCCAGCUGUGCCUAGGCAACCCUCCUAUGCCUGCUGCUUGGCAGUCACAGCGCAGCCCUCUGGGGAUUUCGUCCAUGAUGGUGUUUCCUCGAAAUCUGCAUGGAGGAACGCCUGAUUUCCAGGAAAAUCCCCUGAGCUGGGCCCUUCGUGUACAUCCCAGCACCGCCCCCCCCCUCCCCUUACAAGCCUCCUCAGUAAUAAAGUGUUGGGUGUCAGCACAA